AUCUAUUGCUAAACAAUAACACAUGAGAACAAUGGGAUAUCGGCGCGCGUCGCUGACGACUAAGGGGUUUUAAAUAAACUGCUAGACUCCUGGUUCCAGGGAUUUGAAGAAGAGUUUUCAGAUGAAGUGCUCAUUGGGGGACUUAAAGAUGGAUAUUCGAAUAGACGGAAAGUGUGUUUGCUAAAUUACUUGAUAGGAGCAGCAAAGUUGACGGAAACAGGUUCUGCAGCUGGUUUCCACAAAUUUCUCAGAUGUUUAAAGGUGUAGUGGCCGGAAGGUUAAAGAUUGAGGUUUUUAUAUUACAAACUUAAAAAUAGUUUUCUGAAAUGUCUUUGGGUGCGCGUGUGUGGGUGUGCGCGCGCAUGUGUGGAACAGCCGAAGAAGUGGGCGGAGUCUAUCAGCCCAAUGACUUGUCAUUUAAAACACUCUAAUACACACAUACUUUUUUCUUUCUCUCUUUAAUCUUUUUCAUUGUCUCUCACACACACACACACACACACACACACACACUCUCACACGCUUAAUCCCUGUCUCUCUUGUUUGAGAUUGAAUAAAACAAAUCUUUGAGGAUCAGCAGUACAAGAUUUGUCAUGGCAGAAUUGCAGAUCCGUCGCUACAAGGAUGAUGACAAGGAAGACGUGAAGGAGAUCUUUAUGCUUGGAAUGAGUGAACAUGUGCCAUCCUCAUGCAUGUAUGUGCUGAAACAGCCGCCCACCCAGAUGCUGCUAGCGUGUGUGUUUUGCGCACUGCUGGCUAGCUCUAAGUCCAUCCUGCUGCCCGUCCUGGCUGUUACGCUGCUUCUGGCUGCAGGACGCCAACUAAUCAUCUACAUGUUCUCCAGGUACAUCCAAGUUUGCCUGCAAAAAGACCUUGACUACAUCCAGGAAACGUAUGUAGAUGCUGUUAACUCGUGCUUCUGGGUGGCUGAGUACCAGGGUCGCGUGGUGGGCACAGUGGCAUGCCUUCCUGCCGAGCAGAAUAAGGUCUGCCUGGAGCUUAAGCGCAUGUCGGUGAUGCGUUCUUACCGUGGGAGGGGCAUCGCCAAAGCACUGUGCCGCACCGUGGCCGACUUCGCUCAGCAGCGGGGCAUUCCAGCUGUGAUCCUCUAUACCUCUGUUGUACAGACAGAUGCUCAUAAGCUAUAUGAAAAUGUGGGCUAUAAGAAGGUCAGAGAGUUUGUUGCCCCAGAGUUCAUGGCCAAGAUCACUAACUUCACUUUAUUCGAGUACAGGCUUGACCUGCAGCAACCAGGAAACUGAUGGAACACGCUCCAUUAAAUUAUUUUGUUUAUGCAUUUCAAUUGCUUCUCUCUCACAUAUAUAAUUAUUUUGAUGAUCAAUUAAUCGGACGACCCCCCCCCCCCUUUUUUUUCCUUCAAUUAAUCGGAUUAAAAAAAAUACUUUUUUUAUUAAAUUUUUGCUUAUUAUAAUGAUAUAAAACCAUAAUUCAGGGUAUUGUAUGUAUAAAAGUGUACUUAAAGAUACUACAAAAGCCACAUGUUGAGAUUAACUAUCUUUAAUUUAGACAUUUGAAAACUUACGGUAGCUGCAGGAGCGCAUGCGGAAUUUUCCUUUGAACAAUUUCACUCAUGCUGAGUUGUUUGUUUCUGUAAAAAAUAAAUAAAUAAAUAAAAACAGCAUUUGAGUAUGCAA